UGAUAGUAUUUUUAAAAUUUUUAGAACCAAAUAUGUUGAAGACGGCUCAACAAAAUACAGACCAACUAUAUAGUUUUGGAAUCAGGAAAUUGUAUUCUUCAAGAAUAUAAAACCAAAUAAUGGGGCAUCCCAUAGGUAGUGCAUAUUUAAUAGGAAUAUCUCACGUGUCUUAAUCUUAAUAAACUAUUUCUCAUAAGUAGUAAGUAUUGGUGUUUGAUUUUCUAAUGCAAGUUUUCAUAGUCUAAUACACAGUCUAAUGAUUUAAUGAUUUGAAAAAACGUAGUUAAAACUUAAUUGAGUAUACUUUGAUUAAUGGUUUACCCCUUUAACGAGGCAACUUAUCUGUCUACUGAUUUCUACUGAUAUUUAGACUGGUAAUCUACUGACAAAACAAAAUAUGACCUGGCAAUACUGGGGAAAAAUGUCUUUAAGAUGACACUAGAAAAAAUGAUAGUUUCAGGGUAGAGCCGUGCAAAAUUCUAGAAAUUGCCAAGGAGCAACGUAAGAAUGAGAUGAACCCGGGGACAGUAGAUGAACGAGAAAAGAGCUUGUAAUGAGCAUACCAAAUAACAGGGGAAAACUGCGAAACAAAGGAAAAAAGUAGGAUCGAACAAAAAUAUGAAAAUAAAGCAGGAAAGAUAAUAUUUAUUGUGUUGCCUAAUUGUUGAAGAGCCCGAACACAUCAUAAUUCAACUCUCCUACUUGGCAAGUUUUGCCUGAACUGCGCAGAAAGAAAAAUAGUUUUUUUGUAGUGUGUAGAAAUUCCACAUUUGUAGAAGAAAUAAGUCAAGACUAUGAAGAGAAUUAAAUAAGUCAGUCAUUUUUGAAUAUUGGGUCUGUGGAAAAUAUAGUGAAAUGAAAAGCAAAAGUGACUAGCUAUUACUAAUAAGGAAAUGAUGGAAUAAACUAGAUAAGGUGUAACCGGUUUGAACUAAGUACCUAUAUGAUGGAAAAUAUUUACUUUCAAUUGAUCACUACAAGUCAAAAAAUUAAGUUGUGACACAUACAUACGUUCUAUAGCUCUACCAUCGUUCCACCAAGUUUCUCGAAAAAGAAAAAAGAGGAAAAAACCCUCAGGCACAGGAAUAGAGACCAUGUGUAAAAGUGUUGCCAGACAUUCUAGCAAAUAUUAUAAUGGUCAUGCAAUUGAAGCUAAAAGCCCGUAUUAAUGUCACGGAUUCUGGGUUCAUUAAAUCUCACUUCACGAACAAUGACAAAUCUCGUAUUUAAACUGACUGAGGAGAGGACCACAACAACAACACGCUUGUUAUAGUCGGCAUCGUGUAGUCCGAAUCUAUCUAGAAAAAUAUAUUUAUCGAAUAUAAUAGAAUGCCCACAAAAGACGUAAACAACUAAAUUCGUAGAAUCAGGCCGGGUUGUCGAUAACAAUUUCAUAACAACUGGAUAUUAAUGGCUCUACUUAUUUUCAUAUAGGUAUUAUUAGAAAUAGGAUUUUUAUAAAAGUCAUUCAUCGAGAUAGCAAUAAUCUAGAAAGGAGUUAUGUACCUGAAAGACAAAAAUAAAACUGAAGCAUCUUUUUAUGUGGAAGAGGAAGCAGAAGGUAGGUAUAGGUAAGAAAUGUUCGGAUUCGGAAAACUUCGUUAAACGCUGUGAAAAUCAGUGGUCCAGUCUCGCGGUUGCGCUACCAGUUUUAUUGUCCUUGUUUAGUUAAAAAGGGUCAGUUCGUUCAGUGGACGGUGAUAAGUGAAGAAGAGCAGAGUGUUGCCGCUGCUACUGUGAUUUUAAAUACCUUGUACUUUAUUAUUGAAGAUAAAGAAGGUGGGUAAAUGUCUUUAAAUAAAUAAGUUGCCAAAACCAACUCAAAUCAAACCGAGUUAUCUACUGCGGUACUAUCUCAAACUCGCCAGCCACUAUCGAAGCGUGUGGGAGCAAUGUUAGCCACAGUUCCCCUUUCUUUAUCUCGCGGCUAAUUGACGGAAAAAUCGCGAAAAACGAACGUUCGGAAAAGUUGACCUCCCUCACGCUACGCGAAUAAGCCCGAAUCCUGAAUGUUAGCCGAUAAAACACAUCGUCAGUGUGGCCAGUAUCAAGGAUAGUAUGUUAUGGUAAACGCCAUUAAGUGCUAAACUCUUUUAUUCGAUAUAAGCGAUAAACGAACUGCAAACAGUAGAGAAAAUAUAUAUCGCAAUCAUCCCACUUAAAAUUAGAAAUAUAGUUGUGUGGUGUGUGGUAAAGGCAACUUUAGCUUGUUAUUGGCUGAAGAUAUGGGAGUGUUUGUGACGCAUGCAGUUCUAUUUUUAACUAUAUUAUGGUACAAGUUGUUGACAGUAGCUAAGCGUACAACAGAAUAAUCGCAGUACCUACUUCAUUUGAACUGCAAUUAGGGCUGGAAGUUUCCGUUUUCAUCUCAACACCAACAAUUCAACAAAGAAACAAGCAUGUCCUUACUAGAUGCAGAAUGGUACUGGCAAAAUAUUGACAGAGAAGAUGUAAAUGAAAUGUUAAAUGAUACCGUAGAUGGUACGUUUUUAGUCCGCGACGCGUCUAGCAAAGGUGGAGAAUAUACCUUAACCUUAAGAAAAGGUGGUGCCAAUAAGUUAAUUAAAAUUUGUCAUAAAGAUGGAAAAUUCGGAUUCACCGAGCCCUAUAGCUACAACUCAGUAGUGGACCUGAUUGAACAUUUCAAGAGAGUAUCUCUUUCUCAGUACAACGCAUCCCUCAAUAUUAAGCUUCUGUAUCCUGUAAAAAGGAAUAAAGAAGAUGAUAAAGCAAAAAGCGAAAGAUUCGACAAACUGAUAGCAAAAUUAGAACAAGUGCAAAAAAACUUAGCAAAGAAACAGACAGAUUGUGAACAAGUGUCAAAUGAUUUCAAUGAAACCUCACAAGAAAUUCAAACUCGGAAGCAAACUCUUAAUGCUUUCAGAGAAUUAGUGAGAGUAUUUGAGGAACAAACUAUAAUCAAAGAAAAAUUCCAAAGUAAAGCCCAACCUCAUGAAAUUAAAAGCUUAGAGCUGAAUUCAGAAUUGUUAAAAGAAAGAUUAACCAUGAUGAAGGAGAGUUGUGAACAUCAAGAAAAAAAUUUACGAAGUAAAGAAGAGUAUAGUCGGACGCGAGAGAGAAUAUUGACUUCUCUCAAGCCAGAAAUUCAUAGUUUACACAAAGAACGUGAAAAAUAUAUUCGGUGGCUUCAACAACGUGGAUACCCACAGUCGAAAAUAAAUAGACAUGGAGAAGAUGAUACAAUAGACGAAAUGGAAACUGAAAUAGAAGCCAAGCUACGUGAUAAAAACACCUGGCUAUUGCCUGGUUGUUCUAGAGAAGAAUCUGAAAAAUUAUUAAGUGGAAAACCAGAUGGGACAUUUCUUAUUAGAAAGUCUACAAAUAAUCAUAACUACGUACUGGUGGUUGUAUGCAACGGUGCACCGAACCAUUGUAUAAUAAAUAAAACUAAUAAGGGGUAUGGGUUUGCAGAACCGUAUAAUAUUUACAAUUCUCUUAUGGACUUGGUACUACAUUAUGCCACCAAUUCUUUAGAAAUUCACAAUGAUGUAUUGAAGACUGUACUGAAGGAUCCUGUUUUUAAAAGGGAUACAGAUUUAUAUUCACAAUGAAUAGGUACCUUGAUAUUAAAGAAAGCCAUAAUUUAAAUUGACUGUGAUAGUGUAUUUGAGGAAACUCAAAAAUUUGUCCAUGCAAAUAAUAGUGAUUGUUUAAAUUGAGGCUUGUUUAAUUGCUUUAUACCAUUCUAUAGAUAGGAAUAUUGUGAUUUUUGUUAAUUUAUAAUUAUAAUUUUGUUUUAACUUUUAUAGAUAGGUACCUACAUUUUUUCAAUUUUAUUAUGUAUUUUUAUCUGUAUUAAUUAAUUCCAUAUACAUAUGGCAGUACCCAUUUACAGAUAUUUUAUUUUAAAAGUAUGGUAAUUCAGUAAUAAGCCAAAUAAUAACAUAGUUUUGAAAAUGUUACCCUGAAACUUUUAAAACCAUGCAGAAACUGAAGUCUAAUGCAAAUUUUCUAAUUGUAU